AUGAGGGGGCAAGAAAGGGUAAAGGUGGCCAGGGCGUGCGCGACUGACGAGCGCCGCCUGCUGCAGGUGGUGGGCCUGAGCGUGGUGGCGGCGGGCGGCGCGCUGCUGACCGACUCGGGCCGCGUGCUGCUGUCGCGCCUGCUGACGUCGCACGACGCGCCGCGCCAGCCGCUCUUCUACUACGUGGGUCUGGCCGCCGUCUGCGCAGGCGUCGUCGUGGCCGCCGGCGGGGUGCUGGGCUGCUGGGCCGCCAGCCUGCACAGCCGCUGCUUCCUCGCCGUGUAUCUGUUUGUGCUGGUGCUGUUACUGAUUGCAGAAUGCUCUGUCGGAGUGUUGGUAACAGUGUGCCCCCGAUACCUGGGGGUUGGACUGUCUGCUGAGGAUCUUAUGGACAACCUACAACGCUAUUAUGCCACUCCAGGAGCAGACCAGUUUACAGCAGCCGUUGAUCUGGCACAGGCGCAGCUCAAAUGCUGUGGAAUGACACAACCAUCGGAUUAUGAAAUGUCAUGGUGGAAACUGAGAGAUAUUGGUCAGAACGAGCUUAUAGUUCCCCUGUCUUGUUGUAUUCUGAAAAACAAAGAUGAUCCUGGGGCAUUUCUUGAUCCUAUACCACAGAACAACUCGCUCUGCCAGUCAGUAGAUGAGACCAUCAACAAUAAAGCACGACAUACUGAGGGGUGUUCAAAGAGGCUAGAGGCUUGGCUAAAGCAGCACAGUGCUAUGUUUCUAGCUGGGAGUUUGACACUAGUACUGGUAGAGUUGUCUGUGGUCCUGAGCACUCUGCUUGUAUGUGUGAAACUGCCGCGCGAUCCAUCUCAUCUGGAUCGACCUGCGUGAAGGCGGCUAGACCUCCCAGGAUGUGACUUUACAAAUGCAGAAACAGCAUAUCCUUGGGAGGAUCGUCACUGGAGUAGAGGAAGAUGUGGGACGUUCUGCUAUGCUCCCAGUGCUGAAAUAAUAGCUCGCGUAACUGCAAAGCAGAACCCUCCCAGUGUUGCAGGUACUGACAGAAGAAGGUGGUGCAUUUAUGAGAGUGACAUUUCCUCAUAUACUGCUAGUCUGAGAUUCUUGAAUCCACAAAGUAGGCUAAAUGUAACUGAUGUAACAGAAACUGGCAGUAUGAUUUGGUAACUCAUUUCCAGAAUUAACUUAUACCAAUAAAAUAAUAUACACUGGUUAAAAGCUACUUGUGGUACACAGUGAAAGUAGAAUAACUAGUUCAAAACACAUGUUUUUGAAAUAAAUGCCACACCAAUAUUGCAGUUCUUGUGUUUAACAAGAGCACAUGAUGAAUGAAGACUUUCAAAGCAAUAUAAUGUUAUGUAAAUAUUGUAGAUACUUGUAUAAUUUAAUUAAAACACCAUUUAAUAUAGACUGCUGUAGCUGUUAGCCCUGUGUCAUCUCUGUGGUUUAUGUUCCUCUGAUGUAAGAGUCAAUGUAAUGUUAUGUAAAUAUUGUAAGGUAGUGGCAUAUUUUAAUUAAAAACAAAUCUGAUUACCCACUACUGCAGAUUCUGGUGCUUUAUUUUUGUCUGAUGUCUUCAAAUUUAUUAUUUGCAAUCCUGUGAAAUACAAAUAUCCAUAGCCAUUGUUUUGGUUUUGGUAACAUUUUCUUUUGUUUUAUUAUAAUAAAUAAAUUUUAAUGUAGAAUGCAUUUCAUGUCGAAUAUCUAUUUAUGUAGUAGAUGGAAAUUACGGCAAAAGUUAUCUAUUUAAUGGAUAUAACAUAUUUUUUCAAAGUUAACACAGUCUCCAUAAAACAUUAUUUUCUAAAUGGUAUUGCUAAACCUGGAUUAUAGUAGUCAAUCAUUAAUGAGAUGAUAGUUUGAGUAAUACAUUGAAAUGUUUAUAUAAAAUAGUUACUGUUUCUUAUAAUUUUUUAGUGGAGUGAGACAAAUUUUAAUUUCUGAGAUGGUGGUAUACCAUUAACUUGGAAACACACACUAUUGUAUAUAUUCAGUAUCUUUCAAAGUAUGUAAUUUUAAACAUGAAUAAUUAUAGUGGGAAAGAUCUGGUAGAAUGUAAAUAUUGUGGGAAUAAAGGAGACCCCUCACUGAAAAACAUUGUAUGUCCAGCCAGCACCAUGUAGGGGCGGGGCAGGUGUAUUUGUAUUUGUGUUUGUAGUUUAGCCUAAGAAAGAAAGGAUUCAUUCAAAAAGCUUGCAAUUUUUUUUUCUUUCUUCUUUUGUGUAAGCAUGUUGACAAUUCAAUGUUUUUGCAUUCUGGUGAUUGGUCUCCUUUACUUGUAAGGUAUUUUCACAUGAAUACUUUUAUUAAAAAAAUAUUCAUAAAUGCAUGUAACAUGUCAUUAACAGUGAUUUACAUGUAUCUGAGUUUCAUUUGAACUGAAACUGAAAACAGUUUUUAUUGUUGUCAUUUUAUCUACAAGCAGAAAGAUGUUUCAUAUCAAAAGGAAGACCACGUAAUAUAUAAGAAACUGAUAAAAUAAUCACAUCAUAAAUAGUUUUCAUGUUUGUGUUUCAGUAUUAUGAGUUAUUUACUUGAUUUAUUGUGAUUCUUAUUUGGCUGAACUACCUGAAGUUUGCUAUUAAUAUCAGAAACAUUGAGGCAGAAGUUCUCACAAUCUGUGCAAUAUAAUGUAUAGUCCAACAUCUAGUAUUUUUGACAGUGUCAAAAAUUUUAAUUUUCAUGUGUACGUGUUAAGAUGUGGUUGUUCCCUUUUAACUAUGCCAAAACGUAAAUUAAAAAAAUUACAAAGAUGAGAUCAGCCUGCCAAUUAAUGUUCAGCAUUAGAGUUCAGUACCUGCUUUUGUGAGGUGACUAUAUUAAUAUCAUGCCCUGAAAGUAUGUGGUUCAGUGGGUACAUCUACAGCUGCAUCUGCAUACACUGAUCAGCUAGAACAUUAUAACCACAGACCUAUUAUCGACAUAUACCCAUUCAGCUCUCCACUCAGGAACUGGGUGUUGUGCUGUCCUAAUCAUCAUCAUUUCAUCCCCAUCGACAUCCAAGUCACCCAAGUGGCAUCAGAUCGAAAGACUUGCACCCGGCGAACGGUCUACCCAACGGGAGGCCCUAGUCACAUGAUAUUUACAUUUAUUUUACCCAUUCAGGUGACAGUAGCAUCACCUAGUGAGGAAUAACUGCUAGUCAGACACAAACACAGUGCAUGUAGCAUCAGUGAGUGUGCUGUCCAUGUGUAGAAUGGGGAAGGUGUGUGAUCUAUUUAAGUUUGACCAGGGACAGAUUGUGACAGCCCACAGCUCGGUACCAGGAUUUCAGAAACAGCACGACUUGUCAGGUGUUCGAGGAGUUCUGUGGUGAGUGUCUUCAAUACAUGGUGAAACCGAGGUGAAAGCACGUCCAGAUACCAUGGGGCUGGGUGGCCACCCCUCAUUAAAGAUGUCAGAUAUCAUAGGCUGGAAAACUAGUAAAACAGAACAGGUGGCAAAUUGUGAUGGAACUAACACCAGACUUUAAUGCUAGGCAGAGUACAAGUAUGUGUGAACACAUAGAGCACUGAACACUCCUAAUGAUGGGCCUCCGCAGCCUGUGACCCAUGCUAGUGUCAAUGUUAACACCACAACAUUGGCAACUAUGACUUAAAUGGGCACUUAACAGCCAGUACUGGAUGUUGGCACAGUGGCAGAGUGUUGCUUGAUUUGAUGAAUCCUGAUACGUUCUUCGCCAUGCUGAUGGGAGGGCACGAAUCUUUCAUCUUCCAGGGCAAUAGUUCCUUGACACAUGUACUGCAGGACAGAGAUAAGCUGUUGGUAGCUCCAUUAUGCUCUGGGAAUCAUUCACUGGGCAUCCAUGGGUCCAGUGGACCUCGAACAAGGCACUACCAUCCCCAAGGAGUAUUAUACACUGGCUGCAGACAACAUACACCCCUUCAUAACGAUCAUUUUUCCCUAUGGCAGUGGCAUUUUUCAACAACAUAACGCACCAGGAGUGUGAUGGAGUGGUCUGAGGAACACAGUGGUGAGUUCCAAUUGAUACACUGAGCCCCCAAAUCACCAGAUCUGAACCUGAUUGAGCAAGUUCCAAAAAUGGACAUACCAGCUAUUAGGUAGGUUGUCAUAGUGUUCUGGCUGAUCAGUGUACAUUCCAAGCCACCACAGGAUGAACAGCAGAGGGUAUCUUGUUCCACUGCUAGUCAUUGCCUUUCACAUCCAUCUCACAAAUGGAGAGAGGGAAAAACAACUGUCUAUAUGUUUCCAUAUGAGCUAUAAUUUCUCUUAUCUUGUUUUUACAGUCCUUACAGAGAUGUACAUUGGUGGCACUAGAAUAGUUCUGUAAUCAGUUGCAAAUAUCAGUUCUUUAAUUUUUCUCAAUAAUGUUUCAUGAAAAGACUGUCGUCUUACCUCCAGCA